CGCCAGAGACGCUGGACACAGAGGAGCUAUCGGGGUAGAUGACUUCCAAUUGGUUCAAAUCUCGGUGGUCCUCCAAAACGAUGUCAACAUCAUGCGGGGCAUCACGCUUACCCCUCACUGUUGUGCUGUGCUGGAACCUUGGAAACGACUAGUCGGCAGACUGUGAUUGGAGAUGCGAUACCGGUGGCAGACAGCAGGGUGCAUGAAAUGGUGGGCAAGACCGUACUGUCCUUCUCGCAGUCACAACAUCAACACCGUUGCUGCCUAUCCGACAAUCGACAUUGGCGCUGGUAGUUCGAAAUCGUGGUCGAUUAAACAUAACUCAUUGUGAAUCGCAGGCGCCAGAGCUCUCGUCAUGGGUAGACUAGACGGCAAAGUCGCCAUCGUAACUGGUGGCGGCUCAGGCUUCGGCGCUGGUAUUUCAAAAGGAAUGGCCUCCGAAGGAGCCAAAGUCCUUGUCUGCGACAUCAAUAAAUCUGGUGGGGAAGCAACUGCAGCAACAAAUCCCUCCUCCCUUGCUUUUCACCAAAUGGAUGUUACCAAAACCUCAGACUGGAAAGCCACCAUCUCAGCCUGUAUCGAGAGAUUUGGCCGCUGUGAUAUUCUCGUGAAUAACGCAGGUUGGAGUUAUACUAACAAACCUACCACGACUGUCACCGAAGAUGAAUUCGAAAAGGUCUUUGACGUCAACGUUAAAGGUGUAUAUCUGGGCUGCAAUGCUUGGGUAGAUCAAGCUAUUGAGCGUAAAGAAGGAGGUGUGAUCAUCAAUAUUGCCAGUGUUGGGGCUACGCGGCCAAGACCAGGAUUGGUGUGGUACAAUGCGAGUAAAGGCGCGAUAUGGAACGCGACAAAAGGACUUGCAGCAGAAUACGGUCCACAUCAGAUCCGCGUCGUAUCCAUUUGCCCCCUCGUUACAGGGACAGGUCUCUUCUCUGCUUUUACCGGAAUGGAAGAUACGCCGGAAAACAGGACGAAGUUUACGUCUAAUGUACCUAUGGGCAGGAUUGGGGAAGUAGACGAUGUGGUGAAUGCGUGUAUAUUCAUGGCAAGUAAGGAGGCAGGGUUCAUCACUGGGGUCAAUCUCGAAGUGGAUGGUGGGCGGUGUAUCUAAUCUACCCUUGCUACAAAAGUUAGUUCAGGAAAAUCAUUAUGACAGACUUCCGCCCUGAAUGAAGCUUUUGAAUGCCGUCACACCCCAUCUACUCGAUCCUAGCCGUGCAUAUGCACAUCCUCAUCCUCUCCAUAAUCCCAUGCUUCGUCUGUCUCAAGCAAUUCGUCAAUCUCCUUCCUCCUUCUGACUUCCUCGCUAUCUUCAUCAAUUCCAUCGAUCAACGCAUCUUGCACAAACGCACCCGUCCUAUCCUCCUUACUCAUCGCAAUCUCCCUAUCAACAUCCACAGCCCAACCUUCCCAGACCGCACCUCUCUGGGUCUCCUUCAU